CACAGUGCACAGUGCACAGUGCACAGAUGAAUAGCGGAAGCUCCAGCAAUGGCGAGGGAAGAAAAAGGCCCAUUGCAGAAGCCAACCGGACGCCGACCACCACAAAUUGCACCAUUGUCGCCGUUGAUCAUACUAACAUCUACUAUAGAGUCUGCGCGGGAUGUGAAAGGCCCCUCCCUGACCCUAACCCCAACACUCCCUCACCCCUUUGUACAUACUGCCAUUCUACCAAUGCCCUCAACCCACCAUCCUCGGCUUCCAAGCUCCUCUUCCGCGUCCUUGUGUCUAUAGCUACGGAUACAAAGGUAUUUGUGGUGAUAUUGUUUGACAGAGCGGCUAGGGUUUUGUUUGGCUGCUCUGCUGAUGAGUUCUUUGAAUUUGCCAAGACUCGUCCUUUUGCCGCCGGAUGUGCAGGUAAAGCUCUGGAGGGAGAGAUGCUGAGGGUGACUUUAUCACAGCCCAAAAAUGGGAAUGCACGUCAUCUUAGAGUGGUUUCAGUAGUUCCCUUGAGGUCUGGUUUUCAGCCGAUAAUUAAAACAUUGAGGGAGCUGUAUCAGAUAAGAGGUGGCUUAUAAUUAUUUAUCUUCUUCAUGGUGCUGCAUAACUAGUGUCUUCACGGCUUGGCUCUUUUAUUUCCAUAAACUUCCUUACAUGUUGUGUAAAUCCAAUGUUUGUAUACAAGUUUCUUGAAAUGAAAUUUUGGAAAAUACUUUCAAAUAAA